CGCGUUCACAGCUUCUUCCUAGGUUGUCGUGCUCCUGGAAAGCGUCAAAUCAAGCCGACGGCAGCCGUGCUCGAUUUGGUCUUGCCCACUGCUGAUGAUGAAGAAGACGAUGAAGAUUUCAUAGGUAAAGAAAAACUCGAAUUCGAACGCGACUUUAAAUUUCAAAUUUGUAAUAUGAACAUUUUCUUAAGAUGUGGCUUGACUGUACACGACUCGUGCUACCCCUCACUGGACAUGAGUGACGAUAGCGAGAGCUCGCAGUCGUCUUCAUCAAUGGAGCCAUGGUUUUGUGAGCCAUGCAUCUAUGGAUUCAAUGAGCCGCCUUAUUGUGAAUUGUGUCCAUCCAGAUAUGGAGCAAUGAAAAGAUCGGAUGUCGGCGGUCGUUGGGUUCACCUUCUUUGCGCCCUCUACACGCAUGGAGUGACCUUCGGAGACAUCGAUCAUCUCGGUGCCAUCAGCUGGCAAGAAAUGGAUCACCGUAAUUUCGGCCGUAAAAGUUGCAGUGGAUGCACUGACGUGUUGGAAGCGCGAUUAGGUGUGACAACUCGGUGCGAGCUUGGUUUGUGUAAACAGUAUUACCACGUAACCUGCGCGCAAAGACUUGGAUUGUUGGUGGAUCACAGUGAAGAUGUUGAUCACUUCGGAGUCGAACCUCGCUAUAUCAAUUGCCGACAGCAUUCCAAUCCUGAUGAUGUGCGAGUGAAGAAGCAGGCGUCAGUUUCUCAAGAAAGAAAAGUACGACGUGCACGCCAUCUGACAACUUCGCCAGAGUUUUUCGAGUGGUUUCAAGAAAAGGCAGAAAUAAGCGGAGUCGAACCAGAGCAUCUAACGUUCUUCUUCUUCAGGAAUUCACGAGAGUCACUGGCGACACAAUUCCAUUUCUUACUCCCGGCUUUUCGACCCAGUUCUUCGAGUGAUGAUCAGCAUUUGAUGAUCGCCUGUGACUCAUGCUACGAAUACUAUCACAUUGGCUGUCUUGAUCCGCCUCUUGAGAAAGUUCCCAAGAAAGUCAACUGCGAGUGGCAUUGCGCCGACUGUUGUGACAACAGUAGCGAGGACGAAGAAAACGAAAACAACGAGGUGAUUAGAGUGCGGAUAGGGUUUACUACUUUUAAUUGUAUCACAAGAAAGCUGCAUUUCACUCAACUUUAUUCUUUUAGAGUAUUGUAUUAUAAUUAUUUGAACUGCAAUUCUAGGAUGAUUCAAAUGAUGGCGUCGUUAACCGUAGAUUACGGCAGCGAAGGGACAGCCUCAGAGCGAAACGUCUAG